CUAGGGUGACGAGAGACGCAUAUUUUCGCUCGGGCCUGGCCAUAAACGAGUUCAUAGUAGCUCAAUUUGUACGAUUUGUAAGGCAGACAAGCCGUUUUCACAGAGCUUUUGGGCAUUUCGAUUUUGAAUAUGCUCUUGCAUAUGUCCUAUCCGUGCUCGGCCUAAAGAUGGGCCAAUGGUUCUUUUUCGGCUCGGCUGCGCUGAAAGCAGCUGAUCUUUGUUUACGAGUGCUCUGCCCGAAUCCAGGGCAUGUCCAGAUUGGUAACGUGACGAAAUCCCAUGGAUCUCUUGCUUGUAAUUGAUGACCAGAUUGACCCGCUGACAAGUGGAUCCCCCAAUCCGAGGCUUCAUCAUGAGUGCCAUUCGAUGCCAUUACGAAGUACUGGGCGUGGAUCGCAAAGUUGAGGCUGAUGAGCUCAAGAAACGCUACCGGAAACUGGCCUUGCAGUGUCACCCAGACAAGAAUCCCGAGGAUCCUGAGGCGGCCAAGAUAUUAUUCCAAUCCAUCCAACAAGCGUACGAAGUGCUGUCCGAUCCGCAAGAGCGCGCUUGGUACGACGCCCAUCGGGAGGCUAUCCUCAAACACGGCGGGAUAGGAUCUGGAGCGGAGGUUCAAGUGGACGGGGUGGAUCUGUUCCCCUACUUUAAUUCUUCGGCCUAUUGCGGAUUUGACGAUGAGUCCGGAAGCUUCUACGCUGUCUACGAUAAGCUCUUCGAGACGCUGAAUGGCGAGGAUCAAGCCUACAGCGACUCCGUGCUCAACUAUCCACGCUUCGGAGGUUCGCAGAGCGAGAGUUGGCCCACCUUCUACGAUUUCUUUUCCGCUUAUAGCACGCCUCGUUCGUACGCCUGGCUAGACCAGUACGACACCCGGCAAGCUGAGAAUCGACGGGUGGCCCGACUCAUGGAGAAAGAGAAUAAGAAGCUACGCGACGAGGCUAAAAGAGAGCGCAAUCAGUUGGUACGAGAGCUGGUCAAGUUCAUCCGAAAGCGCGACCGACGGGUCCAACUCUUCAAUCAGCAGCUGGAGCUCAAGGCGGCGGAGAAUGCGCGGAAGACUGCUGAACUCCGGCAACGGCAUCUCGAUGAGCGGGCCUCCUUGUUGGCCGCCGCCGCAUUGCAGAGCCAGAAUGCGGCCGGUUCGCUCCAUUUGGACAGCCUAGAAAGUCAGUUGACGGCCAUUGAAAACCAGUACCACUCUGAUCAGGAGGAAGACAACUUUUGUGUAGCCUGUAACAAGCAAUUCCGCAAUGAGAAGGCCUUCAAAAGCCACAUAAAACAGAAGAAGCAUCAAGACAACGUCCAAAUCCUGCGAGAUAUUCUGACCGAGGAGGAGAAACGUGAUUUAGGCGUGGAUGUGGCCAUAACAGAUCAGCUGAGUGACCCCGUGGAUGACGACAGUCCGGCCACCUCGCCCAUCCCACCGUCAGGCCCUCCCGCGGGUCUUCCCCCCGAUAACACUACUCUCAAAUUGGACCCGCACGGAAACAAUGGCAUGUCCAAGCCCACGGUAGCGUCCAAGAAAAAAGCUCGCCGAAAAGGAAGCAAGAAAGGUGAGCCGUCCUCGACUGCGGCCACCUCGAAAGGAGCGGCUAGCCUCGUGCCCGUCGAUCCCGCCCUCGAUCGGACCAAAACGUGUUCCGUGUGUCAAAGCAGUUUUCCCUCCAAGAAUAAACUCUACCAACAUCUCAAAUCGUCCAAUCACGCCGUGUACGUGGGCUCCUUCAAUGACCUGGGCGCCUCGGAAGUGGAUAUGGGAUUGCUGGCAUUGGGUUUACGCACUCGCGUCGUUAUCCUCCAUGUUCGGGAAAGCGAGCCCAAGGCAGAGGGUCCAACCGCCCCCACCCUGACUUGGCACCUCGUGCGAGAGAUCAAUCAUGACGGGCGGAUUCAAAGUUUGGCGUGGUCGCCCAUGAGCUCAAUGCUGGACAAUCGCUUAAUGCUGGCCACCGGGCACAAGGAAGUGCGGAUCUUGUCGCUCGCCGAGGGCGAUGAAGAGGUUCGAUCCCUCAUGGGCCACGCAGAUUACGUCAAUACGAUAGCCUUUCAGCCCGAAUCCGGCGAGCAAAUCGCCUCCGGCAGCGAUGACGGCACGCUCAUUAUGUGGAACACGCUCACCGGCCAACGGAACCAUCUCUUUACCAUGGCCUCACCCGUCAUGGCCGUGGUUUGGAACAAGGCGGAGAUGUCCAAGAUCAUGGCUGCGCAGAAGAAUGGUCAGAUCCACAUUUUCAACGCUGUCACCUACCAUCCCAUUAUGAGCUUUGAUGCGGGUUUGGGACCGUUAUCGGCUGCAGAUUGGAGCAUUCGGAACCCCAUGUUGGUAAGCGCCGCCAUCCGAUCCGUGAUCUACGUGUGGAAUCUCUCUCAAACGUCUCAGCCGAUUUUUAAAAAAUCCCUACUCGAAGAAGGAGUUCGACAUUUGAAGUUUUCCAGCCGUCAAGAUCACCUAUUGGCCAGCUCGGGUCAGCCCAACUACACGGUUUCGGUAACCAAUAUUCGGUCUUCCACCGCCGUAUUUUCUUCCGAAGGGGAACCCGUUGGAGGCUUGGCCUGGCAUCCAUUCUUGGACGUGUUGGCUGUCGUGAGCAGUUCAGUGCUUGAACUCGGUCGGUGUCACGUGCAUCAUCGACAUCGACAAGAGCCGAAAGAGACGCAAAGAACGAGCGAAAAUAUUCCGAGAUAUUGGGAGGCGGAUUAUCCAAUCAUCCGAUUACUAACCAUUAGAUCAGACAUGGGACUAUUAAGUGAAGGCAGACCUUUGGAGUGGAGCGAGACCCAGUCCCACGCCAAUCAUGUCCGCCAGCAUGGGAUCGUUCAAUUCAUUCGGAUGUUUCGCGAGAUCGAGCAACGCCAAGGCGAUGUGCUCAAAUGGGGCGACGAGAUUGAGUAUAAUGUGAUCCACCUGGACCCCAACCAACAAGUGGCCCGCGUCUCUCUACGCGCCCAAGAGCUGCUCCGACAAUUGCAAGAGCCGGAAUUGGCCGGUCAAUCGAAUUUGCCCUCACUCUGGCGACCCGAAUACGCCGCUUACAUGGUGGAAGGCACCCCCGGCGUUCCUUAUGGAGGAUCAUUGGAUCAAUUCAAUACAGUGGAAAAAAAUAUGAACAACCGUCGAAACGAAGUGCGCGCUUUGCUCCUACCCCAAGAGAAGAUCUAUUCGAUGUCCAUCUUUCCUCGGUUAGGCUGCCCGCCAUUCACAGAACCCGUGGCUUAUCCUGAUCCAGAAAAGAGUUUUACCAAGUCUUUAUUUUGGCCGAACGAGGCCACCUAUCAAGGUCAUCCCCGGUUCAGAACCCUUACCCGAAACAUUCGCGAGCGACGCGGAGAGAAGGUGGCCAUCCAUGUGCCAUUGUUCCCGGAUGAUCGGACCAACAUGACAGAAGAUCUCGAUAACGGAGUCGACCCGGCCCAUGCCAAGGCGGGGCACAUUUACAUGGAUGCCAUGGGUUUUGGCAUGGGAUUGUCAUGCUUGCAAGUCACCUUUCAAGCCUGUCAUUUGGACGAGGCCAAGGUGCUUUAUGAUCAACUCACACCGGUGUGUCCAAUCUUUUUGGCAUUGACAGCCUCUUCACCCAUGUUCAGAGGUCUGUUAGCAGAUGUGGAUUGCCGUUGGGACAUCAUUUCAGCCGCCGUAGAUGAUCGCAAAGCCGAGGAGAGGGAUCCCUCUCAUCCUCAAUACAUAUCAAAAUCUCGUUAUGCUUCUGUGAGUAGCUACCUGUCUCGAUGCGCACUCAAAUAUCCCUAUAAUGACAUCAAAUUGGCCCAUGAUCCCGCCGUGUACGAGCAACUCCGGCAAAAUGGCAUCGAUGAGCUCAUGGCCAAGCACAUCAGUCAUAUUUUCGUCCGUGACACGGUUUCCUUGUUCAGUGAGAAAGUCGAUCAAGAUGAUAGCAAGGAUACGGAUCAUUUUGAAAACAUCCAAUCCACCAAUUGGCAAUCCAUGCGGUUCAAACCACCUCCGCCCAACUCAAACAUUGGAUGGCGGGUCGAGUUUCGGCCUUGCGAGCUCCAGUUGACCGACUUUGAGAAUGCGGCCAUGGUUUGCUUUGUAGUGUUGCUCACUAGAGCGAUUUUGAGCUUCAACUACAACCUCUUGAUACCGAUUUCACUCGUAGACGUGAACAUGAAAAGGGCUCAAAAACGAGACGCCGUUCUCAAUCAGAAGUUCUUUUUUCGCACCAACAUGACGACCACGUGUGAGGAGCAUAAAGAUCCGGUUGUGGAAGAAAUGACCUUAGAUGAAAUCGUCAAUGGUUGCCCGGCCAAGCAAUACUUGGGUCUCUUACCGAUUGUUCAGGAAUAUCUCAAGGACCAAGAGAUCGAUUCCUCCACCAUGUGCACUUUGUCCAAUUACUGGAAACUCAUCAAGCUCCGUUCCACGGGAGCCUUGAAGACCAACGCUAAAUUUAUGCGGGAUUUCGUUCUAUCUCAUCCAAAUUACGGUCAAGAUUCGAAAGUGAGCGAGAAAAUCCAAUUCGACCUACUCACGCAUUUAGAUCGGGUUCAAACGGGCGAGAUGAAGGCGCCCACACUCUUGGCCGACUUACGUUACGUGACGGCCAAAGCCGAGUGAAUAAAUCUUACAAUGAA